GGUGUGGCGGGGGGGAUGCGGGGCCACAUUCCCGGCAUUUGCCCUGCUCCCAGCGCCACCGAGGGCGUUUGAGGCGCCGCGGGGAUGACCCAGGCGGAGCUGAAGCUCUGCUCCCUGCUGCUGCGGGAGUACUUCGGGGACAUCGUGGAGACGAUCGGCACGUUCCUCAUUCGGAGCGGGCCGCAGCCGCUGCGCCUCAUUGCGGCCGACACCGGGCUGCUGUUGGACCAGGUGAAGAAGGCGCUCUGUGUGCUCAUCCAGCACAACCUGGUGGGUUACCAGGUGCAGAAGCGGGGCCUGGUGGAGUAUGAGGCACGGUGCCAGCGCGUGCUGCGCAUCCUGCGCUACCCCCGCUACAUCUACACCGCCAAGAGCCUCUAUGGGGACACGGGCGAGCUCCUGGUGGAGGAGCUGCUCCUCAACGGGCACAUGAGCAUGAGCGCCCUUGUGAGGAAGGUGGCGGACAGGCUCACCGAGACCAUGGAAGAUGGGAAAACCAUGGAUUACAGUGAGGUGGCCAACACCUUCGUGCGCCUGGCAGACACUCACUUUGUGCAGAGGUGUCCUCUGGUCCCUGAGGGCCUCGACACCCCCACGGUGCCACCUCCUCCUGCGCCCACCUUGGUGCUCAACGAGAAGGACAUGUACGUGGUGCCCAGGCUCAACCUCGUAGGGAAAGGGAAGCGGAGACGCUCGUGUGAGGAGGAGGAUGGGGAGCACCAGGCUAAGAAGCAGAAACAGGAUGGAGAAAGCACUGAGCCUCCUCCUGACGACGGCAUCUACUGGCAAGUCAACAUUGACCGCUUCCACCAGCACUUCCGGGACCAGGCCAUCGUCAGCGCCAUAGCCAACCGCAUGGAUCAGACCAGCAGCGAGAUUGUGCGGACGAUGCUGAGGAUGAGCGAGGUGACCACGUCUUCCAAUGCACCCUACACGCAGCCGCUCUCUUCCAACGAGAUAUUCAGGUCUCUCCCCGCCGGAUACAACAUUGGGAAGCAGGUUUUGGACCAGUAUCUCACCCUGUUGGCAGAUGACCCGCUGGAGUUCGUGGGGAAGGCAAGGGACAGCGGCGGGGGCAUGUUCACUGUCAAUCUCCACAAGGCCCUGGCGUCCCUGGCCACCGCCACCUUGGAGUCCAUCGUGGAGGAGAGGUUCGGCUCCCGCUGUGCCCGGAUCUUCCGGUUGCUCCUGCGCAAAAAGCACCUGGAGCAGAAGCAAGUGGAGGAUUUUGCCAUGAUCCCAGCCAAGGAAGCCAAGGACAUGCUCUACAGAAUGCUCUCAGAGAACCUGGUGGCCCUGCAGGAGAUUCCCAAAACUCCUGACCAUGCUCCCUCCCGCACCUUCUACCUGUACACCGUGAAUGUGCCGGCUGCAGCGCGCAUGCUGCUGCACCGCUGCUACAAGACCAGAGGCUCAUCCGUUCCCAUUCCCCCUUCCCAGAGCGUGGCCAACCUCAUGGAGCGCCGCCAGUACGAGAGCAGGGAGAACAAGCGGCUGCUGGAGAAGUCACAGCGGGUGGAGGCCAUCCUGGCCUCGCUGCAGGCCACAGGCGCGGGGGACACGCAGCUGCAGGACAUCGAGGAGAUGAUUACGGGCCCCGAGCGCCACCAGCUCGACACGCUCAAGCGCAACGUCAACAAGCUGGACGCCAGCGAGACGCAGGUGGACGAGACCAUCUUCGUGCUGGAGUCGUUCAUCGAGAGCACCGUGAGGCGGCCCUGAGGGGACAAUAAAGGGACAGAGCCAAGGAACAA